AUGGCAUCUCUCAAGACUCUCUAUGAGCCGAAUCCAGACUUGGGCAGUGCUUUGCAUACCAAUUUCGACGUCGACUAUGUCUUAGACUACCGAUUUGCAACGACGAGCAAAGCAGAAGCAGAAGAAGGUUUCGUGAAGCUUGUCCAAGUACUCAACGACGUUGGCCUGUCGACCGAAGUUCGAAAUGGAGACAACUGUGCGGUCCUGAUAUUCAUAAAGAUCGCCUCUGAAAGGCAUCUGCGAGCUGAGGUAUACCGAUCGAGAGUGCAAGACUGGCUAUAUGGCGUACGAACAGCAGCCCCUGAGAAGGAGAUGCAGACCAACCUCAACCAAGAGCCAAUCACCGAAGCAGAACGAUUACGACUCACAUAUCUUCUGAUAACAAAGCCUAGAAAUGAGGGAGGUGCUGGAAUCACACCCAAGAGUGGAGAUUGGAAGUGUGUGGAGUCUAUAUUCGCUCUGCAUGAUCAUACAUUCAACAAGAAAUGGAUCAAGGAGUUGACAGGAAAGACUUUUCUUGGCGUCAAGGACCUGGAAGAGAUCAAGGACAAGUUUGGAGAGAAGAUUGCUUUUUACUUUGCAUUCUUGCAAUCCUACUUCAUGUUCUUGAUCUUCCCAGCUGGAUUUGGCUUCUGCGCCUGGGUUCUCUUUGGAAAGUUCUCACCUAUUUACGCUAUUAUCAACGCCCUGUGGUGUGUAUUCUUUGUCGAGUACUGGAAGAAGCAAGAAACGGAUCUGGCUGUUCAAUGGGGUGUCCGAGGUGUUUCUAAGAUUCAACUCAAGCGACCAGCUUUCAAGCAUGAGGGUAUUAUCAAAGAUCCUAUCACGGGCGAGGACAUCAAAGUUUAUUCACCGCUGAAGAGACUAUCGAGGCAAUUGCUACAAGUUCCAUUCGCCCUCGUUUCUACACUCGCUCUUGGGAGUUUGAUCGCUGGAUGCUUUGCUAUCGAGAUAUUCCUCUCAGAAGUUUAUGAUGGACCUUUCAAGUCUUACUUGGUCUUUACUCCAACAGUGAUUCUCACUGUAGUGAUGCCGACUUUGUCAGCACUACUAACAGGUUUCGCAACAAGACUAACAGACAUUGAGAACUAUGAAACUGAAGACGCACACGAAGCUGCUAUGGUCUCAAAGAUCUUCGUUCUCAACUUCAUCACUUCAUACCUCCCUAUUUUUCUUACGGCGUUUGUCUAUGUUCCGUUCGCUCAAAUCCUGGUUCCUCAUCUCGACAUUUUCCAAAUUGCUGUGAAGCCUUUCGUUGAAGACGAGAAGCAGAUGACAGCUCCUAAAGUGGGAUUCCAGAUCAAUCCAGAUCGAUUGAAGAAACAAGUCAUCUACUUUACCGUCACGGCACAAAUUGUCAAUUUUGCCUUGGAAGUAAUUGUCCCAUAUGUCAAGCGCAAGGUGUUUAAGAAAGUGAAGGAGGUCCAGGCCGACCGAGCAGCCAAGCGAGGAGGUGCCUCCGGUCCAACUGAAGACGACCACCCUGAAGAAGCUGCCUUCUUGGUCCGAGUUCGAAAUGAAGCAGAGCUGGGCAUUUAUGAUGUCACUACAGAUUUUCGGGAGAUGGUUGUCCAAUUCGGAUACUUAUCACUCUUUUCUGUGGUUUGGCCAUUGACUGCUGUUUCAUUCUUUAUUAAUAACUGGAUCGAACUGCGGGGAGAUGCCGUGAAAAUUGCGUUGGAGACGCAAAGACCUGUUCCUUGGAGAGCAGAUUCAAUUGGCCCUUGGUUAGAUGCUUUAGGUUUUCUGGCUUGGCUUGGAAGUUUGACUUCAUCUGCUCUUGUAUAUCUUUUCACUGGCGAUGGUCUUGGACCUGACGGAGCACCAUGGAACAUCAAGGCUUGGGGCCUUCUACUAACAAUCUUCUUUUCUGAGCAUAUCUACCUUGGAGUACAGCUGGCUGUUAGGAAGGCACUGUCUAAGAUUGAUAGCCCUGGAUUACAGAAAGAGAGAUCAGAGAGGUUUCUCGUGAGGAAGCAAUAUCUGUCCGAGGCUUUGGGACCGGAAGCAGCCGAGAAGGCAGCGAUAGGAGGUAUUGAGGCUGGUGAAAAGAUUAGUCGAAGCACACUCGAAGACGAGGCCAGAGAAUCAACAUUGAAAGGCCACGGCACCCCUGAAGAGAGAUUUUGGCAGCGCCAACAAGGUCAAGCGGAGACUAUCGCGAUUGGCAGAAGCUAUAUUGCGAAGGCUGCACCAAACGAAACGAAGGAAACCAAGAAGGAACUUUAG